UUUUGUUCAUUCCAUUCCCUCCCCCCUCUCUCUCUCUCCUUAAAUAUCCACUGUGCAGCCUCUUAUAUUUUGGUUCUCUUCUUGACUAAAGCCAGCACAUUAUCUUUGCUGGUUUUUUAUUUUUCCUCUUUUAAUUUUUUUUUUCUUUGUGGAUCUUUGCUCGAGAUUCGUAGCCAUGUCGUUCAGAGGAGGGGCAAAUGCAUCUUCUGGCAUGGGAGUUGCUGAUCACAGUAAAACCACAUUUUUGGAACUGAAGAGGAAGAAGGUGCAUCGUUAUGUGGUUUUUAAGAUUGAUGAAAAGAAGAAGGAAGUUGUGGUUGAGAAGACUGGAGGUCCAGCUGAAAGCUAUGAUGACUUCACAGCAGCUCUGCCGGAGAAUGACUGCCGAUAUGCGGUUUUUGACUUUGAUUUUGUUACCUCUGAGAACUGCCAAAAGAGCAAGAUCUUCUUCAUUGCAUGGUCGCCUUCAAUUUCACGGAUCCGGUCUAAGAUGCUGUAUGCCACUUCCAAGGACAGGUUCAGGCGGGAGCUUGACGGCAUCCACUAUGAGAUUCAGGCGACUGAUCCUACCGAGAUGGAUCUUGAAGUGAUCAGAGACCGUGCAAACUGAGCAAUACCUGUAGUUUAAAGGGUUUUGCAUCAAGCACCCAAUAGGUUUUUGCUGGUGAAGAAGGAAAAGGGCUUCCCUGCUUGAUUUCUGAUGCAAGACACAUGUCUUUAUCAUUAAAUAAACUAGAACCUGGAAAUGCUGAUGGGGUUAGGGGAAGCCCUUGGCUAGAUAUUGAGGGCUGGGAACUCUUGGCUUCCUUAUAAUCAUGGUGCUUCUUAUAUAAAGUUGGGUAUAGCGGAUAUUGGUAAUCGACUUGGUAUAUGUUAAAUCAAAACGGAUUUUAGCAA